AUGGAGCGAGAGUCCUCCCGCAUCCCCGUGUACGGCGCCCUCCACCGCGGCAGCCCCACAGGUGCGUGCCCGGCCUCGCUGUGCCCCGAGGGCCCGGGCCCUCUCUUAGUGCCCGAAAUGCAAAUGGCAUUUCCUUCAAAGAAACUAUGUGUCAGCAAAACAGCUGAGCUGGAGUUCAGUAAGGAUCCCAUUUUUAACUUUGUCUCAAAUAUUCCAGGAGAUGGUGUCUUCAAAGCUACAAAUCAAGGGUUUCCUAAAUCUGCCAAGAAAACAGAACCUGUUUCAAAAAAGACAGCUGCAAUAAGACCUCCAAACAGAUACAAGUUGGAGGCAGAGCUGAAGACCAAGAAUCAGCUGUUAGAAACAGCCAAGCAGCAACUCCACUCCCGACUAGCAGGUGCACAGGGCAUCAUAAAGAAGCUAAGGGACGAGAAUGAAGGCCUGGUACAAGAAGUUGAGAAGCUCAAGAAGUUUCAGGAGACCUGCAUGGUGCUUUUAGCAAGCAGAAAGAUUGAUCCUGUUACAGGCAGCAAUAUUUUGGAGGAGGAGGAAAAGACAGAGGAAUGUCGGAAGCAGACGACGCUGUUAACUGAGAAACUCAUAGCAGAAUUGAGGCUGUUUAACCAAACAGCUGUGACAGAAAAGGAAUUGCUUCAGACAGCAAUGGCUCAGUGGAAAUCUGCUGAAGAAGAGAGACGCGAGUCCCUGGAGAAGCACUCCUCUUUCCAAGCCGAAAUGGAGCAGUGUUCGGUGAUGCUCAAGGAGGUGCAGCAGCUGCUGGCCAUGUGA